CAUCUCCGCGCCGGGCGCUGCGAGCGGCGGCCGCGCCGGGAUGGAGGGCGCGAUCCUCGCCCGGGUCCUGGCGCACACCGUGCUACUGCUGCUGAGCCUCUUCCCCGCAGGUGGUGCACUGUCCGAUGUCGUUGUGAAUAAAGGGGAGGAAUUAAGGCUGACGUGCAAUGAGGAGGGACCUGUGACUUGGAACUUCCAGAGCUCGGACCCAUCGACAAAAGCAAGGAGUUCCAAUAACAAAGAGUGGUACACCAAAAGUGCAACAGUCAAAGACAUAGGCAGAUACACAUGCCGAAGCAAAGGGAGUAUUGUCUCCUCUUAUUAUGUUUUUGUUAAAGAUCCAAAUGUGCUCUUCCUUGUUGAGACUCUGAUCUAUGGGAAAGAAGACAGUGACAUCCUGCUAGUGUGCCCGCUAACAGAUCCAAAUGUUGCAAAUUUCACACUGAAAAGAUGCGAUGGCAAACGUCUCCCCAAAAAUAUGACAUUCAUUCCCAAUCCCCAGAAAGGCAUUGUUAUAAAGAACGUGCAGAGGUCAUUCAAGGGCUGCUACCAGUGCUUGGCCAAGCACAAUGGAGUUGAGAAGAUAUCAGAGAGGAUUUUCCUGACUGUGAUACCAGUUCACAAAACUCUUCCUGUCAUCACCUUAUCAAAAAGCUAUGAGCUUCUCAAAGAAGGGGAAGACUUUGAAGUUACAUGCAUAAUCACGGAUGUGGAUAGCAGUGUAAAAACUAGUUGGAUUUCUCACAAAAAUGUGUCUGUUGCAGCCAACAACAGAAAUUUGGGUGAUUAUGGAUACGAAAUGAAAUUAACAUUGAACAUUCCUUCAGUGGGAGUUAAUGAUUCUGGAGAAUUCACAUGCCAAGCAGUAAACUCUUUCGGAAAAAACAAUGCCACAGUAACCUUGAAAGCUCUAGCUAAAGGAUAUGUCCGUUUGUUUGCAACAAUGAAUACCACAAUAGAUAUAAAUGCAGGACAAAAUGGAAACUUAACAGUUGAAUAUGAGGCAUAUCCAAAACCAAAGGAAGAAGUCUGGAUGUACAUGAAUGAAACAUUACAGAAUUCCUCAGACCAUGAUGUCAAGUUCAAGACUCUGGGCAAUAACAGUUACACAAGUGAACUUCACCUUACACGAUUAAAAGGAACAGAAGGAGGCAUUUACACAUUUUUUGUGUCCAACUCUGAUGCCAGCGCCUCUGUAACAUUUAAUGUCUAUGUGAAAACAAAACCUGAGAUUCUCACUCUGGAUAUACUGAGCAAUGGUGUUCUCCAGUGCGUAGCAGCUGGAUUCCCAGCCCCUACCAUCUACUGGUAUUUUUGCCCAGGAACUGAGCAGAGGUGUUUUGAUUCGCCAACAAUAUCCCCCAUGGAUGUCAAAAUUGGUUACACAAAUUCAUCAGCACCGUCAUUUGAACGAAUCCUGGUUGAAAGCACCAUUAAUGCCAGCAUGUUCAGGAGCACUGGCACUGUGUGCUGUGAGGCCUCCAGCAAUGGGGACAGGAGCUCUGCUUUCUUCAACUUUGCUAUUAAAGAGCAAAUCCGUACACAUACCCUUUUCACCCCUUUGCUAACUGCAUUUGGAGUUGCUGCAGGACUGAUGUGCAUCAUAGUCAUGAUCCUGGUGUACAUAUAUUUGCAGAAACCCAAGUAUGAAGUUCAGUGGAAAGUUGUUGAAGAAAUAAAUGGGAACAACUAUGUUUACAUAGAUCCAACACAACUUCCUUAUGAUCACAAAUGGGAAUUUCCUAGAAACCGUUUGAGUUUUGGUAAGACCCUUGGCGCUGGAGCUUUUGGGAAAGUUGUUGAAGCCACUGCUUAUGGUUUAUUUAAGUCUGAUGCUGCUAUGACAGUAGCAGUAAAGAUGUUGAAAACAAGUGCCCAUUUAACGGAGAGAGAAGCCUUGAUGUCAGAGCUUAAAGUGCUGAGUUACCUUGGAAACCACAUUAAUAUCGUGAAUCUGCUUGGAGCUUGCACUAUUGGAGGUCCCACUCUGGUCAUUACAGAAUAUUGCUGUUAUGGUGAUCUUUUAAAUUUUCUGAGACGGAAACGAGAUUCAUUUAUUUGUCCAAAACAUGAAGACCAUGCAGAUGCAGCUGUUUAUGAGAACCUUUUGCAUCAGUCAGAGCCUGCAGCUGAUGUUGCCAAUGAAUACAUGGACAUGAAACCAGGAGUGUCAUAUGCAGUCCCACCGAAGGCUGACAAAAAACGACCUGUGAAGUCUGGAUCCUACACUGAUCAGGAUGUUACCCUUUCCAUGCCGGAAGAUGAUGAACUGGCUUUAGAUGUAGAAGAUCUGCUAAGCUUUUCUUACCAGGUGGCAAAGGGCAUGAGCUUCCUUGCCUCCAAAAACUGCAUUCAUAGGGAUCUGGCUGCAAGAAAUAUUCUUCUAACUCAUGGUCGAAUUACAAAAAUCUGUGACUUUGGCCUGGCAAGAGAUAUAAGGAAUGACUCAAAUUAUGUGGUCAAAGGAAAUGCUCGUCUUCCUGUGAAGUGGAUGGCACCUGAAAGUAUUUUCAAUUGCGUCUAUACCUUUGAGAGUGAUGUCUGGUCUUAUGGGAUACUGCUUUGGGAGCUCUUUUCUUUAGGAAGCAGCCCCUAUCCAGGGAUACCAGUGGACUCCAAGUUCUAUAAAAUGAUCAAAGAGGGAUACAGGAUGUUCAGCCCUGAGUGUGCACCACCUGAAAUGUAUGACAUAAUGAAGAGUUGCUGGGAUGCUGAUCCUCUACAGAGACCCACAUUUAAACAAAUUGUACAAAUGAUAGAGCAGCAGCUUUCAGAUAAUGCCCCCCGGGUUUAUGCCAACUUCUCAACCCCACCUUCCAGUCAAGGAAAUGCUCCAGAUCACUCGGUGAGGAUUAACUCCGUGGGCAGCAGUGCUUCAUCUACUCAGCCUCUCCUGGUACGCGAGGGUGUUUAAGUGGUGUGUGGAGAAGAGGAGAUCACAUGUGUUAGCUGUUUGUAUUGUGCAGGGGCUGAGAGAGGGACAACUUCAAUAAUUUCUCUUUCUUUUACUCACUACUACCACUGUGUAGCUGAAACGUUGUUGUAAUACUGUCCUUUACCACGCACUGUUAUACAUAAACUUAAUCUGCUGAGCACGGUUACAGGCAUCAUUGCAGUGUUAAUUGAAGCUGUAUAUAUUUCGCUAUAUUGUGUGUAUUUGCAGUAGAGAGCCAGAUGUGAAGGAAAAAAAACAACCGACAAAAGAAAGCCUAAGCCAGGGUGUGGAAUUAGAUGACUGCAGAUCAAACCAAAUCUGCAGUGAUUCUUCUCUGGAUCUGUGCCUGGAAUGCAUACAGUCAUUUUCUAGUUAAUCUUCUUUUUCUGAAUUUGGAAAAUAAACAUGUUAAUGGUUUUGUAAACCCCUUUCCACAUCCAGGCAAGCCUGAGUGGCUUUCCCAGGCAGGUAUCUUAGGUUGGAGGCCAGUGAGGGUGCUGUAUUUACCUGGGAAAAAGAGGAGAAGGAAUCAAGACCCUUCCAAAGUUUAUCUGCACAGCUGGAAACCCUCCUGGGAGCUCAGGGAUUUAAACCAGAGAAGAAGGGAGGAAGAGCAUGGAUUUUCAUUGUUAUUUUCCACCUGUGCUGUCAUGCUGUCACCCUUGCAGAGCAGUUGCACGGUUUCCAUGGAUAUAUGCACUGCUGGGUCUCACUCCACCAUGGAGCCUGAACUGCUGCUCUGGCACUCUGCCUGGGGUGUCCAAAGACUUUGACAUUUGUUUUGCUAAUAGUUGCAUCUAAAGGUGUUCACCAAAGAUAGGUGGGCCCUGCCAAAUUGGUCAAAACAGAGGAGGAAGGCUGCUGUCAGUAAACUGUGUCUGGAGAAGAGGCCGUUUAACAAAUCAUCUUAUCUAUGGGAGAGCAGAGAAAAAUAAUGCUCUCCUGGGGGCCCUUUCUUUAUCUUGUCCUACCCAAGUGAAUCUUUCCCACAGGCAGUCCUGGAUAGUGCUAACUGGAAAGGGUUAUUUUCCUUCACCCCAAGUUGUUUCUGUGAUAACAAAGAAGAGUCUAACUGAGAAGUGCCAAAUUUAUAAAUGGCAUAAAAAAAAGAAUCCUUUCAUUCUUCUUUGACAGAUGUGAAGCUUUGGGGUCAGCAUCUGUUGAGCCCAGGGUUGUGCUAAAAAGUGUUUUCUAACCCCUUUUCUUCCCGCCAGGAGCACUGCUGGUUCUUUUCUUCCUUUGUUUCUGACCCCUAAAAAUAAGUAAAGGCGUUGAGAGAAGCAUUUCUCAGAGACAGAGUACUACUUGAGUACCUAUUUAUUUACAAUGCACUUAAGCACUCUGUAACUUUUACUUUACUGGGAUUUUGGUUGAGUUUACAUGCAAUUCAAAUGUGUAACUAACUGUUCACGUACAAGGUAAUUGUAAAUACACACACUGGUAGUAUAUUUUGGGUUGCAUUGAAUACCGUGCUCCUUCUGUGAUUGUGCAUUUGGUUUAUUGUUACAGGAAUCCGUCUUUCAGAGUUAAAUAAAAAAAUUAACCAUUUGCACUGAACUUACUUAGGCUGUUGCACCUUUCCAAAGUUAGCCAUUAGUUUGGAUGCACUCUUAUGCAUACUAGUUGUUGAGCAUUUUCAGUUUAAUGCUAUAAAAGCUCUUUUGUAAUGUGUUGGCUUUUGGAGCAACUGUAGACAAACUAGUUGUUAUAGAUGUCUCGGUACUUUACAGACACUUAGCUGAAAGAGGUUUGGGUUUUUUUGUUCUUGAAAUUUAUAUUUUUAUAAUUUGGGGGGGUUUGAAACUUAUUUUGCCAUGGCUUGGUGUUUUGAAUGGGUUUAUGCAUUGUUUUUGUAAAUAUGGAAAUGUAGCAAUAAUGUCCUUUUGACUAUUCUCAGUCCUUGAGUCUCAAAAAUAUUUUUUUAUAUAUAUAUAUGCAAAAACUAUAUGUAUAAAUAUGUAAGUGUUUGAAAGUUUAUGAAACACUUAUGGAUAUGUUGCUGAGUUGUAGAAUUGCAGUUAAGAAAAGUUCAAAUAAAUCUGUAAAUAUAUAUUCAAAUGCUACCAAUGUGUAUUACGUUAAGACUGAAUAUUUUAAUGUAAGUUUCAUUAAUUUUAUUAAUUUCAUGAAUAAAUUCCUGGGUUGAAGCAAAA